AUGAUCAGGAUCUUCCCGGAUUUCAGCGUCCAAGUGACGUCUUCGGGACCCGGUAUUGGAGGAGGAGGAGGAGGAGGAGGAGGCGGCGGGAUGAUGACGGGACCCACGCUGGGUCGGGUGCCGGUGCCGGUCCCCGGAGCCACCAACGGGUCCCCGCAGAGCCUGCAGGGGAUCAGCGCCUACCAGCAAAGUGACCCCUACUGGGAGCGGCCGGCCAAUGCAGGCAGCUGCUCCGCCGCCCGGCCCAAGACGCUUCACCUGGCCGGCCAGCAGCAUACCUCGUCACCAUGGCUGCAGGCGCUGAGGAAGGAGAAGUCCCGUGACGCGGCGCGGUCGCGGCGAGGGAAGGAGAACUUUGAGUUCUACGAGCUGGCCAAGAUGCUGCCGCUGCCGGGCGCCAUCACCAGCCAGCUGGACAAGGCCUCCAUCAUCCGCCUCACCAUCAGCUACCUGAAGAUGAGGGACUUCGCCAACCAGGGGGACCCGGCCUGGAACCUGCGCAUGGAGGGGCCGCCGCCCAACACCUCCGUCAAAGCUAUCGGUUCCCAGAGAAGGAGGUGUCCCAGCGCCGUUGCCUCAGAUAUCUUCGAGCCUCACCUGGGCAGCCACAUUCUACAGUCUCUGGACGGUUUUGUCUUCGCUCUGAACAAAGAGGGACGCUUCCUCUACAUCUCAGAGACCGUCUCCAUCUACCUGGGCCUGUCACAGGUGGAGCUGACGGGCAGCAGCGUGUUCGACUACAUCCACCCCGGGGACCACGUGGAGCUGGCGGAGCAGCUCGGCAUGAAGCUGCCGCCGGGCCGCGGCUCGGCGCUGUCACAGGGCGGCGUGCACGAGGACGGCGGGGGGUCGUCGGGGUCGUCGUCCUCGCACCCCGAGAGCCCCGAACCAGUGGAGUCCAGCAGUCCGAGCCUCCUCGCCCCUGACAGCGUGCUGGAGCGCUCCUUCUUCGUCCGGAUGAAGUCGACGCUGACGAAGAGGGGGGUGCACAUCAAGUCCUCAGGAUUCAAGGUGAUCCACGUCACGGGCCGCCUGCGCAUCAGGAUGACUCUGACCCACAGCCGCUCGGUGCCGAUCCAGAUCAUCGGCAUAGUGGUGGUAGCUCACGCUCUGCCGCCGCCGACCAUCAACGAGGUCCGGAUCGAGUGCCAGAUGUUCGUCACUCGGGUCAACAUGGACCUGAAGUUCAUCUACUGCGAGAACAGGAUCAGCGACUUCAUGAACCUGGCGCCGGCCGACGUCGUGGGAAAGAGGUGCUACCAGUUCGUCCACGCCGAGGACGUAGAGGGAAUCCGAGAGUGUCACCUGGACUUGAUCAACAAGGGUCAGUGUGUGACAAAGUACUACCGGUGGAUCCAGAAGAACAGCGGCUACAUCUGGAUCCAGUCCAGUGCCACGCUCGCCAUCAACGCCAAGAACGCCAACGAGAAGAACGUCAUCUGGGUCAACUACGUGCUGAGUAACCACGAGUACAAAGACACGCCCAUGGACAUCGCCCAGCUGCCCAACCUGCCCGGGAAAACCUCCGAGUCCUCGGAAACCUCCGAGUCCGAGUCCGAGUCCAAAGAAAACUCUGACAACGAGAACAAGUCGGAAGGGAAGCCGAGUCGCCGGGCGGAGCGCGAGGACCCGGAGACGGACAGCAAGCGGCAGCAGCAGCCCGGCCAAUCACAACGCUCCGCCGAGCAGCAGCUGAAGCGCCAGGAGGAAGGAGACAGCUCGAGUAACCCCGAGAGCCAGGAGAGCGACGACAGCCUGGAGGCCUCGGAUGGAGAGGGGGAGGAGCAGGAGGGCAACAUGGGAGGGCUUCAUAUUAAAGUGGAGCACUACGGAGACAGAGAAGAAGUCCAGCUGCACAACUCACAGGCGUCUUCAUCGGAGGAGGACGGCGAGGAGGCGGAGGACGAGGAGGAGGAGGAAGACGGAGGAGGCGCACAAGACUGCGACGGCGUCGACGGCGUCAAACUCCUGAAGCGGCGGAAGAGGAGAAAAGUGCAGAAGUGGGACGGCUCCCGCAGCAGGAGGCUCCGCCUCUCCUCGCCCACCGAGCUCAGCCCCGCCCCCAUGGGAGACGCCGCGGUGAUAGGCGACGCCUCCUCCUCCUCCCACCUCCUCGCCCCCGCCGGCUCCCCGACCUCGGUGCUGAAGAUCAAGACGGAGAUGUCGGAGCCGAUCAACUUCGACAACGACAGCAGCAUCUGGAACUUCCCGCCCAACCGCGAGAUCUCCCGCAACGAGUCGCCGUACAGCAUGACCGCCAAGAGCCGCGACGGCUUCCCCUCGCCCGCGGGGGGCGCUCUGCAGGGGGCCAUCCCCGACUCCGUCCUCACCCCGCCCGGAACCGAGGGAGGCGCGGGGGCAGGAGCGAGGAAGCCUCCGUACAACGGAAGCUCCGCCCCCUCCGCCGGUUUGGCGCCGCGCUCCGCCGCCUCCUCCUCGGCCGACCCGCUCUCCCCGCCGCUCUCCGCCUCGCCGCGGGACAAGCAGCAGGGCACCCCCCCCACCACCUCCUCCUCCUCCUCCUCGUCGACCUCCUCCUCGUCGCUGCUGCACUCCGGCGACCUCGAGGCGCUGCAGCGCCUGCAGGCCGGCAACGUGGUCCUCCCGCUGGUCCACCGGGUCACGGGGACCCUGGCCGCCGCCGGCACGCCGUCCCCGCGCGUCUACACCACCGGCACCAUCAGGUACGCGCCGGCGGACGUCACGCUCGCCAUGGCGCAGGGCAGCCUGCUCCCCAACGCCACCAUGAACUUCGCGGACGGCUCGGGCUUCGGCCUCGACCCCAAGACGCCGAUGGAGAUGCUGUACCACCACGUGCACCGGCUCAACGCGGCGGCGGUGGCGGCGGCGGCGGCAGGGGGCGGCGGCGGAGGCGGCGUCGCAGGCCCGUUCCUCGGGUCGGCGGCGGCGGGCGGUAACUGCACCCUUGGGGGCCAGAUGCCGACGACCUUCACCACGGCCGAGGGGCUCUUCUCCACGCUGCCGUUCCCCGUGUACGGCAACGGGAUCCACGCCACGCAGACGAGUCUGGAGAGGAAGGAGGAUUAACGCGAGGCGUUCAAAGACCGCGAUACUGUGCUCGUAAAAGAGAGACUUCUCACUCGUAAAGAAACAUAAAGACUAUUCUCUUCUGUUGCCAGGCGGGGGAAGAAGACAAAUGUACUCCAGCACUUUGAACCUGAGCCACUUGUGUAAUAGACCCCUCCUCUUUCUCCUCCUCCUCCUCCUCUUCCCCUCUCCUCCUCUCUCUCUCUUAUUCCUCCCGUAUCUUGCGAUCAGCAACGUUUUUCUUUGUCUUCAAAAAAAACCUCUUUACUGUAAAGAACUUAUUCUUAAAUGUUUUGCCUACAGAGAAUAUUCAUAUCGCCCCGAGAAAAAGAAAAAAAGGAUUUCUCGGGAGCCGGUUGGAUUUGAUUUGUUGAUAUUUGGACUUCACGAAGAUGCUGAUUGUGCGUAUUUAAAGGAGGACGGUGAAACUGACUCCUCGUGUCUUUUGAUGUGAUCAAGGCUUUUUGGAAAAGGACGUUUUUAACAGCGCUCUCACAGAUGAUAAUAAUCUUUUCAAAAAAGUUUAUUUUAUUUUUUAUUUUAUUUGUCCGAGGACGUUUCUCGAUUAAGAAUUAAUCCUCAUUUCCUUCUCUUUUUUAAUUUUUUUUUAAAUAAGAUAUUCUCGCUCAGAUUUAAUUUAUGAAUCAAAAUCAUUAAAAAAAAGAUGAAGCAAUUUCCACCGGGUAACGACCUGUGAAUUAUCGAAUGUUACUUCCUCUUUUACCCCAGGAGUUUACCUACCAAACAUAACCUCCUCUACACCUCCUCCCAUCUCUCUCUUUCAUCCCUCCGUCCACAUUUCCUCCCGUCGGUCUACAUGGUGCUACCGCCCGACCGGCCACCCGGACUCAGCCGGUCUGAAGCGGGUCGCUGUGAACGUACGUUGUGGCCAUCUUGGUUUUCGGAGUGGGGGGGAAACAUAUUUUAAUUUUAUAUAUAUAUAUAAUUUUUUAUUCUUCUGACCUUCAGGAAAGUCAGAAACACAGCAAGAACCUUAGGACCUCUGAAUCAGCAACGUCAUCUCCACAAUGACCCUCCUUUUUUACCUUUUUUCUUCUGUUGAAGAAGACGCCCAAUCUGAUCGGGCCUGAAGGGGCGGGGCCUGCAGGUGAUUGGUUGAAUUUGUUGGCUUCGUAGUGUCGUUUUUAUUUCUAUGUAUUUUGUAACUUUAAUCACUUUUAAUUCUCAAUGAGACUGAAGCUAAUAUGCUUAUGAGGCUAAUACGCUAGUGAGGCUAAUACGCUAGUGAAGCUAAUACGCUAAUGAGGCUAAUACACUCGUAAAGCUAAUACGCUAGUGUAGAUAAUAUGCUAGUGAGGCCAAUAUGGUAGCGAGGCUAAUACGCUAGUGAAGCUAAUACACUAGUGAGGCUAAACAUGCUAGUAAGGCUAAUACGCUAGUGAGGCUAAUACGCUAGUGAGGCAAAUACGCUAGUGAGGCUAAUAUGCUAGUGAAGCUAAUACGCUAGCAAAGCUAACUUGAAAAAUGAAUGUUGAAAACUUCGACCGACUCCUGUUUGAUCGUUUAGUUUUAUUUGAACUACUUGCUUCGUCUUUUUUUUUGUCCUCCUCCUCCACCUCUUCUUCCUCCUUUUCUUCCUUAAACCAGCAUCACCUCCACGAGAUAAUCCUGAACAAUCCACUCUCUUCCAUCUCAUCGCCGGACCCUGUGAAAAUAAGAAAAUAUAAAUAAACACACAUAUCAACAAGGAGAUUGUAAUAACGACAUGCAUUUUCAAUCAAUCAAACAAUCAAAAUCAAUAACUUACGAAGAAAAAAAAAGAAUCUUUUUUGAGGAAGAGAAAAAAAAUCAACGUUGUCUUUGUCGUCGUUCUUCCGUUCCGUGGUUUUUUUUUCUUCCCUCAGCCUCCGUUGCCAAAAAAAUAAUAAUAAAAAAUCUCACAACUUUAGUGUUUUAAAAGCACUGUGAUUCUCGUUCGUUUGUACUUUCCUUUUUUUCUCUCUCUCUUCUACGUUUAAAAAAAAACAAAAUAAAAGAAUUAAGACGAGAGUACAAGUGCUAAUUUAAACGAUACAAAAAAAUACAAAAAAAUGAACUGUCACGGGCGGCCAUGUUUUUUAGGCCCCGCCUCCACCGCCAUACUUAUUACCCCGUGUGAGUAAGCCGUAAAAUGUGUUUUCGUGUCACUGGCUGUCAAAGAGUCCGUCACGGCGACUCCUCUCUGUGUGUGUUGACUAUAUGCAGUAUAUACCGAGCUACUGUUCCUGUCCUUUGUCUUCUCUGUGCUCUAUCUCUAGUGUGGGGGGCGGGGCUUGGCGAGGGGGUGGAGCCUACGAGAUGAUUGACUGUCCCCCUCCUCUUCUUUGUCUUAGUGAAUCCUGUGGGAGGUUUGUGGAAUUUCGUGUCCGGUGGCCUUUGCAAAAAAAAAACUUUUAAAAAGAUUUGUGAAGUCCACCUCUGCUUCCUUAUUGUUUUUGUAAAAACCUCUUUUUUUGUUUGUUUGUGGGGGCGGGGUUUUCUAACUCUUCUCUCUCUCUCUGCUAUUGCUUUUUGCUGUUGUGUAGUCUUAUACAAACCUCUUUAUCUUGCUGUCCUUUCUCUCAGAGAUGAAAAAGAUUAUUCAACUAGCUCAAAGGUUUAUGGAGCCAUGUUUAUCGCCACAAAGGAAUUCUGGGAAACGUAGUUUCCGGCUCUCGCGUGCAAAGU